AUGACAAGGUCGUUGGUGUCGGCCAAACAACCCAAGGACUACCACGGCAUAUUUAAUCACGAGUAUUGCCUCACGUGGUUCCAGCGAUUGCUAGACGAACUGGCAGCACGAAGACAGUACCAAGACGACACAACAUUUCAGGAAGUUGGCCAGCGGCUGGAUGCAGCGUGCACCAACUUGACGUCGCACUCUAUCUUUGGUUGCAUUCGAAAGGCCGAGUACGACCUGUUAGAUCCACAUAGACAUGUGUCAAUCGUUGACGACGACAACUACCAAGAGGACAAUGAAGUGGCAGGCGACGCAUCGGACGGUACCGAGUCCAGUUCGACUUCUCAAGACUCAGCGAACGACGCUGGAUUUUAG